UUGUAACUUUGACAGUUGUCAAAAUUCAAAACAAACAACAAAAGUCAGCUGGAUUAAUUCGAAGAAUCGAGUUAUCUCAAAACCAUCCACCCACAACAUUCUAAAUUAACUGAGCUGGCAAAAUGGCAUUCCUUGAAUGGAGGAAAUUCCAUUUUUUCGAUCUUCAGAGUAAUGUAGACAAUGGAAAUAUUGCUGAACUAUUUAAGGAAGAUUGUAGAAUAACUGUGACAUCGAAUGGAAACAAUAACGUUGUCUUGGGUGACUCCUCAGGCCAAGUCCAUUUAGUGAAUCGUUCUUGGAAUAUUCAUACAUUUAGAGCGUAUGAGUUGAGUACAGAUUUUUUGUAUCAGCUGAGGAAUUCCUCCUUGUUGGUUACAAUAGGCCAAGAUGAACCUGGUGUUAAUCCUCUAAUAAAAAUAUGGGAUACAAGCAGAUUGGAUAAGAAUGGUUUCCCCCAUUGCUUCAGAGUCAGUAGAGCUCUACCUGGAAAUCGUCCGGUCCAAGUUAGUGCACUGUGUGUACAUGAAAACUUGCAAUUGAUGGCUUUAGGUUUUAUUGAUGGAUCAUUGAUGCUUUAUAGAGGGGAUAUCACCAGAGAAAGGAGUUCCAAACAGAAAUUAUUAAGGGAUGCUAGUAGUACUGUAACAGGCUUGGCAUUCAAGUCAACUUCCACAAGUAUUUACUUGUUUUUAGCUACCGAUAGUUCUGUGCUUGUCUAUAACAUCACCCAAAAAGAUAAAGAAGAAAGGGUUCAUCUAGAUAAUAUAGGGUGUGCCAAAAGAUGUUGUGUCCUUGCAGAGUCGAUCCAAGAGAGUCAUUUCAUGGUUGGAAGAAAUGAUGCCGUUUAUUGUUACACAACUGAUGGAAGGGGUCCAUGUUACGCCAUCGACGGCGAAAAAGUAAUGCUCGAGUGGUUCAGAAGCUAUUUGAUUAUAAUUUCCAAGACUAAUCGACCCACGGCAGUGAACUCCAUGAGCAACGGCACUCAGAGUUCUGUACUACAAGGUGACUGUAUCACCGUGUUGGAUAUACACAACAAAUUCAUAGUGUUCUCGGCCACCAUGCCGAAGAUCAAGGCAGUUCUGAACGAAUUCGGUUCUUUUUACAUCCUCGAUGAGGACAACAAGGUGUACCAUUUGGACGAGAAGGAUCUGCAAUCUAAACUCUCACUUCUGUUCAAGAAAAACCUUUAUGAUGUUUCAAUAAGGAUCGCCAAAUCGCAGCAGUAUGAUAAUGAAAGUCUUGUGGACAUCUUCAAGCAAUACGGCGAUCACUUGUGCAACAAAGGUGACUACACCGGUGCCAUUGAGCAGUACAUCAAGACCAUCGGAAAACUGGAACCGAGCUACGUCAUUCGCAAAUUCUUGGACUCGCAACAUAUCGAAAAGUUGACGAUGUACCUCCAGGCUCUGCACAAGGAGAGACAGGCCACAGAAGAUCACACCACGCUGCUCUUAAACUGUUACACCAAACUGAGCAAUACCCUCGGACAAAACGAGGGUUUGAAACAGUUCAUCUUGAGCAAGGACAGCGACUUGAGCUACGAUGUGGAUGUCGCCAUUAAAGUUUGUAGACAAGGAAGCCCAGCUGAAGCUCUUAUGUUAGCCAAACGGCAUCAAAAACACGACUGGUACAUAAAGCUCCUCAUCGAGGACCACCAAAAGUACGUGGACGUCUUGGACUACAUCUCCAGUCUAAGUUUUGAAAACGCAGAACUUUACAUGAAGAAAUACGGAAAUGUCCUAGUUCAGAAAGUCCCCAACGAGAGCACUCAGUUCUUGAAGAAGUUAUGCACCAAUUAUAAACCAAAAGAUUCCCCGAUCAUAUCAGAGAGUGUCUUGACUGGAAACUACGACAUCCCUCAACACGCAGAACCUGAAGAUUUCAUUCAUCUAUUUUUGAAUAAUUCGGAGAGAUUGGUGGAGUUUUUGGAAUAUGUGAUAGAAGAAGGAUCCAUCCUCACAACUCCAGUUUAUAAUACUCUGUUAGAGCAUUACCUUCACGUUUGGACAAAUUCUCAGAACGAGAAGACCAAAUGGAGCCAAAAGAUACUGAAGCUCCUUCAGAAUCCAGACAUCAAAUACGACAAAUCGCAGGCGCUCGUCGUAUGUCACAUGCACUCGUUUAGCGGGGGUAUUUUAUACUUGUACGAAGAGCAGAAACUAUACCAACAAAUUUUGAGGUAUCACAUCACCAAGAACGACACGAGCUCCGUUCUGGCGUGCUGCAGGAGAUUCGGGAAUCAGGAACCGACGCUGUGGUUACAAGCGCUCUGGUCCUGUGUUAGGGACACGAAGAAUCCUCCGCCAGAUAUGCUUAGUGAGAUUUUGACCGUGAUUGCCAAGGAGAGGCUGCUCUCUCCGCAACUUGUAAUCGACGCUUUAGGAUCGGAAACGACCGAUAUAACAGUCGGGCACAUCAAAAACUACAUUAUGAACGAGCUGAAACAGGAAGAGGAAAAAACUUCGGAAAUCACGGAUCUGAUUGGGAACUAUCGUAAAGACAUAGAUAAAUUGAGGAAACAGUUGGAUGCGCUCAAAAGUGGGGCCACUGUCAUUCAAGGAUCUCGUUGCGCGGCAUGUCACCAUCCCCUGGAACUCCCGACAGUCCACUUCUUGUGUCAGCACAGCUACCAUCAACACUGCUUUCAAAGCUUCUGCGAUGAAGAUCAGGGUUGUCCCACGUGCCAGCCGGAGAAUAAGAAUCUAUUGGAGCUGUUGAAGGCCAGAGAACACACAACAGACUUGAACGAAACGUUUCAUUCACAACUGGAAAAGGCCCACGAUGGGUACUCGGUAGCUGCCGAAUAUUUUGGUAGGGGUGUCUUUAACAGGUAUAAAGACAUCACAAACAAGGCUGUGAAGAAGUUGAUUGAAAACAGAGACGAGGAAGAGAUGUCCAGGACUUUGAUACCGAGGAUGGAGAAAGAGAUUAAAGACUACGGUUACGGAGCGGAGGCGAAAAUGAGACAAACAGAAAGGAAAACUUCUCAAAAUAUAGUACAAAUCUCGGAAGGAAGGAUGAGGCAGCAAGAAUCCAGCAGAUACAGUUCUUCAGUUAAAUCCAACACUAGCAUGUAUGAGAGAAAGAAGGAAUUCAAUUCGGUGAAUUCUGCUGUUUUGAAUCCGUUUGAAAAUGAUUAUGAUCCAUCAAAUAAUCCGUUUGAAAACGAGGAUGAAUCUGAAGAUGAAAAUAAUCCUUUCAGAUCGAGUUAUGAUUGUGAUAAGAACUUGAAUCCUUUCUCGUAGAGUUCUCGAUGAAGAUGCUACUACACAAAGUGAAGUGUUACUUUAUAGGUAUAAAUGCUUUUAUAUAUUGAAAAAACUAGUCAUUGAAAUGAGGUAAUCAUCGUAUUUUCCACUAUUUUUAGGAUGUUAUGGGAAUGGAUGAAAGUUUCGAAGAAUAUUCAUCAUUAAAUUGAUAUAAUCAA